AUGGCGGAUGUCUCCAUCGUCCCACCGUUCGUAGUAUUCCAGAAGCCUAUAUUUCAAUUCACCCCAACAGAAGUUAGCAGCAGCAGCAGCAGCAGCAGCGGAGGUGGUGGCAGUGGCACUGCCGCGCCCCCCGUGCAGACGCCGUUGAAGGUCGUGCGCGUCUUUUUCGAUGAGGUAGCGAACGAUGUCGUCAUCUUCGGUGCGGCGUCACGGGAGGUCUGCUUCUACCACGUCCAGCUCCUUGACCCGUCACGUGAAGAAGAAGAAGUAGAAAAAGAGCAAAAAAGGGAGGCAGCGGCUUCUCAGUGUGACGCGAGCAUCAGUGCGGUUUCGGAUGAGGAAGGAGAGCGGGAUUUGCUGCAGCACCACCCAUCGCUGCCUGCCGAUGCUAUUGCAUUGACGGUGAAGUACAGACAGGUCGAGGGGGAGCCGCUGGCCAUCCGCCACGCAAAGCGGUGUCCCACCCCGUUGCACAGCAGCAGAAGCAGCGGUAACAGGGGUGAUAGGAGUAGUGGUGGUGGCUGCGCGUACCUUGUGGCACUCAGCUUUGACACACGAGGUGUCUUUCUCUUCUUGUGCCAUCCCCGAAUGGGAGCGCAACCGAUGCCGGCGAUUGCGGUGUUUCAGUGCGCGCCGAGGAGCCUGCGCUUCCGCGACAACUUCUACCCCAUCCGCGCAUUCUACUGGACGGAGGAGCUGCACAGCACCGCGUGCCAACAGGCGGCCAACGGCCAGACCACGUGGCACUCCAACGCCCACACAGCCCCACACACCUUGCAAAAGCAGCAGCAGCAGCCGCAGCAAGAACAACAACAGCAACAAGGGAUCUUGCACGACGACGCCUCUGCACUGCGCACAUCGGCUACCGCAUCGACGCGUCGGAUUCUCCUCUGCGUGACCGCAAUCAGCAUUGAUGUGGUGGGCGUCGAGGAUGCGCUUAUGCUGCCGCACAUUGCAGGGGAACCCAGCGGUGGUGGGUACGAUCAAUGCGUAUUGCUGCGCCGCUACACAACACACACGGACUACUGGCAUUACAGUCCGGCUUCUCGGAUGUUCCUAUCGAUCAACAGGCUAAAGCCAUGCGUUGUGAAGAUGUUCAUGAUCCACAACGAAGGCCUGCGCACACUGCCUUCUGUGCGGCUGGAGGAUGAUUGGGCUGCGGCUGGGCUGCAGGGAAAUGAGGCAGCCCAGACGCCUUUUUACUCCACUGCGUGCAUGGACACACCUCUCGUGCACUACCCCAUCGGGUUUCUCGUGCUGCACCGUCAGCUCUUCUUGUGCUGCUUUUCGCGCCGUGACUGGAGCGCGCUGCUAUUCCGCUACGUGUGUGCUGAGAGUGGCAGCGCUGACGGAAUCUUCGUGAAACACGCGGUGCUGCGCGCUGGCAUUCCAAUGGAUGUGCGACGUGAACCCAUCGCCCUGCAGGUGGUCGACAAUCUUAUCGUUUUGCAUGAGCUUCGGCGCUGCGUUUCCAGCGUGUUUGACGUCCUUGGCUGCGAAGGGAAGAAACAUCAUCCGGUACAACAACACGAACAAAAACGCACGCGUGGCCAGUUGGGAACAGCUGCCGCAGCCGCAGCCGCAGCCGCAGCAACAACAAUCCCAACAACAACAGCGGUAGAGACUACUGGGAAGGGAAUGCGGUAUAGCAUGGAGAGCGUUGCUUCGUGUUGCUCGAACGUGAGCUUUCGCGCCAGCACGGAGCGAGAGGGGCUUCCGACAGAAUCGUGGAUUGCGCGGCUGGCGAAUGGUCUGCGUAACAGCAGCGGCGGCAGCUCUAAGGCGCGGGGAGGCGACGACACCAACGUCCCAGUUUUGCAGCCACUACUUAGUGCCGUUCUAGCAUUACAUCCACCACAGCAGGCCGGUGCCGCUGUGGCGAUGGACAACGAUGAGCUUUAUUCACAUGCCUUUGUCUUUGGUACGCUGCCGCUGCUCUUAGACCGCCGAAGCGGGAAAGUGCGGCUUGUGGGUGUCAACCCCUUCGCGGUGGCAGCAACAAUGCCACAUAGCCUGGAGCGUUUGAGUUUCUACUUGCACCGCACGCACUGUGCGGGUAGGGCCGUGCAGUCGAUGCUACACACCAUGCUUGCCAACCAGGAGUGCUUAGGCGAUGUGGCCCACGCAUUUGAUUUGAUUGCCUCUCACAACGCAACACAUCUGUUGCUGUUGUCACUUCUGAACAGCGAGGAGAGGCCAGACAUUCCGAGCUGGAUGCGCGAGCCGCUAUGCUUUGGCACCACUGGAGCAGCCACAGCAGGUGGGGGAACACCGAGGGCUAGGGUGCUGUUGGGUUCAACGGCAGUACUGCGACGGUGGCUGCCGCUGGAGGACGCGGAGGGGCCGCUGCCGUGUAAGCCACCGUGGCGCAAGUGGAGCGGCUUGACGUGGCAGGAUGUCCUCGCUGCGUGUACGGCCCGUCCCGCUGUGAAUACUNGUAAGCCACCGUGGCGCAAGUGGAGCGGCUUGACGUGGCAGGAUGUCCUCGCUGCGUGUACGGCCCGUCCCGCUGUGAAUACUGCCGGCAGCGGUGAUUUUGCUUCUGUUUCUGUGACGGAUGCUAGCAUCGGUCAGCAGGAGAUGCUUCGAGAUGUCUUUUUUCCACUUGCAGACGUGGUGCUUGUGCCGCACGCUGCGGUGGGCCACAAUGAAAAUGAGGCCUCAGCAACUCCGUUCCCAACUGAUGUUGCUGGGACGGGUGGUGCAUCCACUGGACAGGUCUACUUCACGCGGUACCUCUUCUAUGCCCUUCUAGAGUACGCGCGUUGCGUUACACAGACAGGCUCGACUCUUAUAGAUGGCUUACAGAGCUUGUUGCUACGUCUCCUCCAGAGUUUGCCUCCAGGUCAAGGGCAGUUGCAGCAGCAGCAGCAACAGCUGCUGCUCCGCGGCAUUAUUACCGAUCAGGUGCCAACGGCGAUGGUGCUGCUGCAGAUGGGCGGUGCAUCCCGACAGAUGGGGCUGGACAUGUUGGCGCGACUCCGGGCUGACGACUUGGCAGCGCAGAUGCUGCUGGCGGAGCGGCUUCCACUGGAAGCAGGGAAGUAUCUGUAUGCGGGAGAAGAGCGGCAAAAUCGGCAGCAGCAACCUCAUCAGUCUGGUCGGCGAGUUAUCAGCUCACGGAUAAUGAACGAUAUUCUUCAGUGCGCGAUGGAGGCAGUGCUUGCUGGGGAAAGCGACCUUAAAGAUGACAAGACGAGGCGCAAGGCGCUGGAGUUCAUAGCGGUGUAUGAAAUGAUCGCCAAUCGCGUGCUCUGGCAGCCACUGGAUGAGGAGAUGCUACCGCAGGGCUUUGUAUCCGCAACGGUGAUGUACCACCAGCUGCUUUCUAAAGUGGAGUCACAGAUUUGA